AUGGAACGCCGGUUUUCGCGUGAUAAAGACCUACAAGUGGAAUACUGCAAGUUCAUGCAGACUUAUUUGAAUCUGGGACACAUGGAGCGUAUCCCUGAUGAGAAAAUAGAACCUACGUCGGGAAGUGUUUUCUAUUUGCCACAUCACGCUGUGAUCACAAACAAAAUUCGUGUUGUUUUUGAUGGGUCUCAUAAAGAUACCAAAAACUGUUCUCUUAAUGAAAUGCUUCAUAUAGGAACUCCUCUUCAACGAAAUUUGGUUAACGUUUGUAUUCGUUUUCGUCUUCACCGUUUCGUAUUUUGUGCUGACAUUGUUAAAAUGUUUCGGCAAAUUUGGGUGCAUCCAAAGCAUCGGGAUUUUCAGAGGAUAGUUUGGAGAGAAUCCCCUGAUAGUCCAAUAUCGCAUUUUCGUUUGGCUACGGUAACAUAUGGUACUUCACCUGCUCCAUAUUUGUCCAUGAAAGUUCUCCGUCAAAUAGCGUUUGAUUACAAACACCAGUUUCCCUUAGCAUCACAUGCAGUUUUGCAUGACAUGUAUGUUGAUGACCUAAUGACGGGGGCUGAUUCGCUGUCGGAGACUUUGGAGCUGAAGAAGCAGAUCUUCGAGAUGUUGUCGUGUGGAGGUCUUGAGCUCAGCAAGUGGAGCUCUAAUUGUUGGGAAAUAUUGCGUGACAUCGACUGUAAAGAAGUUGUUUCACUGGAUUUGGAUAGUUCUUCUGAGUGCACCAAGGAGCUGUGGACCACCAAGACGAAAAUUGAUUGGGAUGAUCCUUUGCCCUUUGAAAUCGCAGAAAAAUGGAAGCUGUAUCGGGAGAAUUUAACCUAUUUUGAAAACUUUAGGAUUUUUCGAAGGUUUACCCAAAAUUCUAAAAGCUUGGAGUUAAUAGGUUUUUCGGAUGCUUCGGAAAAGGCUUAUUCUGCAGUGGUUUACUGUCGUAGUUGUUCGGAAGAUGGUGUUGAAGUGAAGUUAGUCGCCGCCAAGACUCGAGUUGCUCCAGUAAAGCAGUUGUCUAUUCCACGCCUGGAACUUUGUGGGAGUCUCCUUUUGUGUCGUUUAAUAGAACUUAUUCGGUCGUCAUUAGAUGUGAAACCAGUUAGAGUAUCUGCGUUCUGUGACUCUCAAAUUGUUUUGUCAUGGCUUUCAUCCUCGCCACGAAAAUGGAGUACGUUUGUAGCGAAUCGUACCUCUGAAAUAUUGUCUUCGUUACCUCGCUCGUCUUGGAGUCAUGUCAGUUCAUCUGAAAACCCUGCUGAUUGUGCUUCGCGGGGCCUCUCGCCUAAGGAUUUGAUGGAACACAAAUUGUGGUGGAACGGGCCAGAAUGGCUGGUUCAUAGUAUUGAUGAGUGGCCAAAUCAUUGUGAAACUAAAAUAGAAGAUAUUCCUGAAGAAAGGAAGAAAGUCCAUACAGUUCACGUUUCGGUUGCGGUGGAGCAUUUUCUUGACAAAAUUUCGCUUAAAAUUUCUAGUUGGAGGAAAAUUGUGAGAAUAGUUUGCUAUAUUCGUCGCUUCAUCUAUUUUUGCCGUUUGCCUAAAGGUGAUAGAAGGUGUGGAUAUCUUUCGCUCUCAGAGCUACGCCUUGGUAAAAUAAUCUGCCUCAAGUGGACUCAAAGAGAGUUUCUUAGAGAAAUCAAAAGUCUUAAGACUGACCGUUGUGUUGACAAGGCCUCAAAAUUGUGUUCGCUUUCGCCUUUUAUUGAUGUCGUCGGUUUAUUGCGUGUCGGUGGUAGAAUUUCAAAUGCUAAAAACGUUCCCUUCGCGAUUAGACACCCUAUUAUCAUGCCUAAAAAUCAUCCAAUAACUCUGUUAAUUCUCUUAGAUGCUCACAGGAACUUUUUACAUAUCGGUGUUUCUGGACUUUUUGCACUGAUUCGCCAGGAGUUUUGGAUCCUCGGAAGCAGAAAUCUUAUUCGAAAACUAGUUCAUGACUGUCAUACGUGUUUUCGUCAACGGAAAAUUACAUCAACGCAGCUUAUGGGAAAUUUACCAUCAUCUCGCGUAAAUCCAUCAUUUGCUUUCGCCCACACAGGAUGUGAUUACGCUGGCCCGAUAACUCUUCGUUCAUCUAGAGGAAGGAAACCAACGUUGUCCAAAGGGUAUAUUUCAUUAUUUGUCUGUAUGACAACUAAGGCGCUGCACCUUGAAUUAGUAUCGGACCUGACCACAGACGCCUUUUUGGCUGCCCUAAAAAGAUUUAUCGCCAGGCGUGGUAGAUGCAGCGUUUUGUAUUCCGAUAAUGGUACGAACUUUCAAGGAGCGGCUCGUGUGCUAUCAGACAUGUAUAAACUGGUGCAGUCCCAAAAUCACAACAAAAAGGCUGCAGAAAUGUUGGCUGGAGAAAGCAUCGAUUGGAAGUUUAUUCCUCCUCACAGCCCUCACUUUGGUGGGCUUUGGGAAGCGGGGGUUAAAUUAGUAAAACAACAUCUUCGGCGAGUAAUUGGUGAUAGUGUCCUUACCUUUGAAGAAAUGUGUACCUUGCUAGCCCAAAUCGAAGCCCUUUUAAAUUCUAGGCCCCUUUGUGCUUCUUCCGAUUCAGAUCUUGAUCCAUUAACGCCUGCUCACUUUCUUAUAGGUAGACCUUACACGGCGAUUCCUGAGCCAAGUUAUUUGGAAUUACCCAUUAAUCGAUUGGGAAGAUGGCAGCUACUACAAAAUAUGAUGCAAGGCUUCUGGCGAAGGUGGCAUACCGACUACCUCACAUCUUUGCAGCAGCGACCAAAAUGGAGAGAAGACCUAAAAGAUUUUGAAGUUGGUGACAUGGUCAUUCUGAAGGAAUCUAACAUGCCACCAUCCCUAUGGUCCUUAGGAAGAAUAACCGCAGUUCAUCCAGGUGAAGAUGGACACGUACGGGUGGUUACAUUGCGCACCAAACGAGGCACUUUCAUGCGCCCUAUAACCAAACUUGCCCUCUUGCCAUGUCCUGAAAUUCCUUCAGCGGGGGCGGCAUGUUGA